CAGACCCUCUCCGUUUGUCAGUUAUCAAAUUUCGGCUUCCGCCGAAAAACGGUAGUGAAAUCGAGAAGACGAGCAGCUCUGCAUUUGGCAAAGCUCUCAGUCAGUAGGAAAUGGAGAACGUGUACGAGAAUACAAGCGUUCGAGUUCUCUGCUCUAAGCUUGUGCUCUACAAGAACGAACCCGGCCUCCAAUGGCUGAUCGGAUCCCCAUUCUUCCCGCCACUUACCGUCGUCUCCACCCUCAGAUGCAUCCACACCGAUGCCUCCUCUCCAGACUACCACAGAGAAUCAGAAGAGCUUCGAACGUUACUGUUCAAAGGAUUUGAGGUGAUCGGAGCAUUGAUCUUUGCAAAUUCCGAUGCUGAAAAGAACGCCGGCGAGGCUAUUGCUGCGGCUCGAAGGUUGCGAAAGCUUUUCUGCGGUGAAAGAGAAAAAAUGGAUAGUCAACAAGUAAUUGGAGCUGUUGUGGAUUUGAACGGCGGCGACAUAAAGUUUUUCGUGUCGAAAUCCAAGAGUUCUAAGAGCUUUGAAUGUGUUAACGUGUUGUAUGAAGAUGAUCCUGAGAAGUAUAUUUGGGAGAGGGGUUGUCUGCUCCGAUGUGAGCUUCCGCUUAAGUUGCCGAUCUAUUAUCCAGUAAACAAGCCGUCUGAUUUGGAAAAGAUAUUUCGGCGUGCAACUGAAGCAGUUGUUGCCAAGUUCAAAGAUCCAAAGAUUGCAUACAUGGUAGAAGCAUUAAGAAAAACUUCUGCUGAAGUACCUCAACCUGUCAUCCUUCGUGGUGUAGAUUUGGAUUUUGACACAGAUCUCUCAAAUGUCAAACUUUUGGAUGAAAGAACUCAAAAUUCUGAUGCAGAUUCUUUAUCAUGUUCGCACUUCUGUCUGGAAAGUAAAAAAGGCUCACCAGUAUAUUCUGCUGUGGUAAGAAAAAGUCAUGCAGAUAGAAUCCAAGUGAGUGUUCUGCUGAAUAGGUCAGUUAACUCUGAAAAGUCUACUGCACCUGUUGCAGAAUAUUUUCCAGCUUUGGAAGAAGCCAGAGUUUUGGUGGUAGAUUAUAAGCUAGAAGUGCUCUGCUAUGCAGUCAAGGGUCUCCCACUGAGGCAUGCAGUUUCAAAGUUAAUUAUCCCAGGGUUGGUUGAUCAGUUUAAUUUAGUGGGAAAUACAGUCCUGCCGAACCUGUUAGCGCAACAUCCUCAGCUACAUACCUAUCACUUUAGCCCUCCUGGUGUUCUGCAUCCAAUUACUGUUGUCUAUGAACUCAAUUAUGGGGAAACAGAAAUGAAGCAAGUUGAAGUGAGGAAAUCUUUACAUUUAAGACUGGGUUUACCUUUCGAUCGGCCUCUUUUAAGAAUUGCCAACGCUGUGGAUUUCUUUGCGAGGGAUGGCGUAAGGAGUGACCCGACACGGAAGGGUUCUACUUUGCUCAAAGAUGUACACCUUGGGAUUCCUAGCAGUGGGGUUUCAGGGGGCAGCGUGUCUAUGGUGCAAGGCUCGUAUGAAUACUACCAUUAUCUACAAGAAGCAUUUAAUGAUUCAGGGUGGGGUUGUGCUUAUCGUUCUCUACAAACUAUAAUUUCAUGGUUCAGAAUCCAACAUUAUACAUCCGUAGAAGUUCCAUCGCAUAGGGAAAUACAGCAGACACUUGUAGAGAUUGGUGAUAAAGAUCCUUCUUUCAUUGGUUCACGCGAAUGGAUUGGUGCCAUUGAAUUGAGCUUUGUUCUGGACAAGCUUUUGGGUGUUAGUUGCAAAGUCAUAAAUGUUAGAUCUGGAGCUGAGCUUCCAGAGAAAUGUCGAGAGCUGGCCUUGCACUUUGACAAUCAAGGAACACCUAUUAUGAUAGGUGGUGGUGUUCUUGCAUAUACCCUCUUGGGAAUUGAUUACAAUGAAGCAAGUGGAGAUUGUGCGUUUCUAAUACUCGAUCCUCACUAUACCGGCAACGACGAGCACAAGAAAAUUGUAAACGGCGGAUGGUGUGGGUGGAAAAAGGCUGUUGAUAGCAAGGGAAAGAGUUUCUUUUUGCAUGAUAAGUUCUAUAAUCUUCUGCUUCCACAGAGGCCUGACAUGGUUUGAUCUAUACAAAAACCAUCCAAUCUAUACAAGAUGGAGAAGGCAGUUUUCUAGGAAGUUACGUGCUAUGAAAGGUAGAUUUAGAUUAAAUGAAGGGCAUUAUCUAUGUAGGCAUUUGUUCUCAACAAUAUUUAUAUACAAAAAAUCCCAUUCUGUAAUUUGAAUACAGUGAAUUACAACUAGCUUAUAAAAUUUGAGAGUUCUUGAUCUUUUCAA